AUUUGGCUGUCGUAUGACGGGGUGAGCCCGGUAGCACACAGGUUUCCAGUAGCGAGGAGUCCAUCCCACCAAGCUUAAAUAACGGCCACCCAUUCGCCUCGUCUCACCAUCUCUCCCGUUGUCGUCGCCUCCUCCUAAACCACUCUCCCUAUCCUCGCCUCCAGAAGCUACCCACCGGCUCAAAUGGCGGCGAAGGAACCGAUGCGCGUGCUCGUCACCGGCGCCGCAGGACAAAUCGGAUAUGCUCUUGUUCCCAUGAUUGCCAGGGGAAUUAUGCUUGGUGCAGACCAGCCUGUUAUUCUGCAUAUGUUGGAUAUUGAAUUUGCUGCUGAAGCUCUUAAAGGUGUCAAGAUGGAGUUGGUCGAUGCUGCAUUUCCACUUCUCAAGGGAGUUGUUGCAACAACUGAUCCUGUUGAGGCUUGCACUGGUGUGAAUGUUGCGGUUAUGGUUGGUGGAUUCCCCAGGAAGGAGGGAAUGGAAAGGAAGGAUGUUAUGACGAAGAACGUUUCAAUCUACAAAUCUCAAGCAUCUGCUCUUGAAGCUCAUGCAGCCCCCAAUUGCAAGGUUCUGGUUGUUGCCAAUCCAGCAAACACCAAUGCUCUUAUCCUGAAGGAGUUUGCUCCAUCUAUCCCUGAGAAGAACAUCAGUUGUUUGACCCGUCUUGACCACAACAGGGCACUCGGUCAGAUCUCUGAGAGACUUAAUGUCCAAGUUUCUGACGUGAAGAAUGCUAUUAUCUGGGGUAAUCACUCUUCCAGUCAGUAUCCUGAUGUUAACCAUGCCACUGUGAAGACUGCCAGUGGAGAGAAGCCUGUUCGUGAACUUGUUCAAGAUGAUGAAUGGCUGAAUGGGGAGUUCAUUGCCACUGUCCAGCAGCGUGGCGCUGCAAUCAUCAAAGCGAGGAAGCUCUCCAGUGCUCUCUCUGCUGCCAGCUCAGCUUGUGAUCACAUCCGUGACUGGGUUCUGGGAACCCCUGAGGGAACAUUUGUUUCCAUGGGUGUUUACUCGGAUGGUUCAUACGGUGUCCCUGCUGGUCUUAUCUACUCCUUCCCAGUAACGUGCAGCGGUGGUGAUUGGACAAUUGUUCAAGGGCUCCCGAUUGAUGAGUUCUCGAGGAAGAAGAUGGAUGCGACCGCCCAGGAGCUGUCGGAGGAGAAGGCGCUGGCUUACUCAUGCCUUGAGUAAAUCAACAUUCGAAGAGCAGUUGAUGCUCUGAUGUUUUGAAUAAAAGAAACCUUCCGCUUUCAACUCCCGUGUCCACCCAGAACAGCUGCACAGCACGGUGCAUGCUCCUUUUCGCUGGUUUUCAGUGUGUAUGAGGCUUGUAGCUCCCCUUUUACCUGAACAUUUGCUGGAAGAUUGAAACAGUUUGACACCUGAUUA